CCGUCGGAGACAUGCCUUUGGUUUCCUUCUGCUCGUGAAAUAGAUCCCAAUUUCCUAAAAGUGUGGGCCGCUUUCAAUUUUGUUGCUGCUCGCACGAGGUCAUUAGUUGGUGUUGUGAACGUCAAAGUGUUUCCCAAGUUGCGAGAUCUUGACCUCGUUUUGCACUAGAAGCAUUCUAGGGGGCCGUGCUGGUCGAGAGAGCGAGACAGCGCAACUCGGAACUCGGCUGAAAUUCUUCAUGCCGAGAGGAGCAUGCUUCAGAAAAUUUCUUUGAUUUGGUGCGAAAACUUCGGGAAGUAGCAGAAGGCUUUGUUGUCAGUGAGAAGCAGACGAGUCGGAGGAGGUUAUUCCAUCUUAGAUCUGGAGUGUCAACAAGAAAUAACUUAUUAUUAUGGACUUUGAUGACUAUGAACAGCUCCCCACCGCCAAUGUAUCAACCCAUAUGAUGGCUGGGGCCAUCGCAGGGGUGAUGGAGCACUGUGUAAUGUACCCCCUGGACUCUGUCAAGACCCGCAUGCAGAGUCUAACACCAAAUGCGGGCCACAUCCAAAGUAUUAGAAGUGUUUUAUCACGGAUGUUAUGGGUAGAAGGAGCAAACCGCAUGGUUCGAGGAAUGGGCCCAGUAGUAUGUGGAGCAGGACCAGCUCAUGCUCUGUACUUUUCUUGUUAUGAAGCAGCCAAAAGCACCCUUACUCAAAAGAACACCAUGUUGAACAACCACAUAGCCUAUUUUGCUGCAGGAAGUGUUGCUACAAUCAUUCAUGAUUCAGUUAUGACACCAGUUGAUGUUGUAAAGCAAAGGCUCCAAAUGUACAACAGUCCAUACCGCAAUAUGCUACAUGCUGCCAAAAACAUCUGGAGACAAGAAGGAAUAUGGGCUUUCUAUAGAUCAUACACUACCCAGCUCAGCAUGAAUGUUCCAUUUCAGAGCAUUCAUUUUGUCAUGUAUGAGUUCUGUCAAAGUAUUACCAAUGAGGAUCGCUCCUACAAUCCUAAAGCUCAUGUUAUUUCUGGAGGCAUUGCUGGUGGUGUAGCAGCAGCAAUAACCACACCCCUUGAUGUAUGUAAGACCCUUUUAAAUACUCAGCAAGCUGCUAGGACAGAUGGCUUCAUAGAAGCUGUCCAAACAGUUUAUCGAUUAGGUGGUGUACAGGGAUUUUUCCGAGGAAUGCUUGCAAGAGUUCUCUUUGUUUGCCCGUCCACUGCUAUUUGCUGGUCUACCUAUGAACUUUUCAAGUAUUUGUUGCAACACACAAAUGAAGCAUUAGUUGAGGAGGAAAUUCUUGUCAGUAAUCCAAGUGCAGUUGUGAAGUCAGCUGUUCAUAGUGCAGCUCUAUAUUCACCUUUUCAGACUGUGUCAGCUAUGCAUAGGCCUAAAGACAAUCCCACCCCAGCACCACCUUGAUUGGCCUUCAAUUUUGCUGACCUCUAGAAGGAAGCAAUGGCUUCAGUCGUAUUGUUGUUUUGAUGACUUUAGGCUUAUAAAUAUGACAUGAUGAAAUUACAUCUACAUUCACACACUUUUCUCUCUCCUUCAUUUCUGUUGUUCAUUUUAUCUGGUCUUUUAAGUUUGUUCCGUUUGCUUCACUUGUUGCAUACUCUCAGCAUUAGAUCUACCUUUUGAAUCUGUUUGAAUUUGUUUUCAGUACAAACUGUUGGGAAAACAAAAUUGACUGUAACACUAUCUGCAGUCUGUGACUUGUGUGUCAUUUUACCAUCUGUUUCUUCAUUUAGUGCUUUGUUACUUUGUUCCCUUAUUUUUGUUUUGUUUUGCCUCCUCUAAAAGCAUGCUUUGUGUUAAAAAUUAUUGUUUAAGAAGUUUUCAAUGUUAAAUCAGAUUUGUUGGUUGUACACAGCCUUGGACAUAAGGGUGACCUUGUAUUUGGUUCUUCUCCCACAAAAAAAUAAUUACGUGCGUCAUUUAUUACAGAACGGGUGCUUUUGUUUUACAUCUUGUUAAUAAGCAGUGUCCAUUAGAAAGUGCAUGAUGUCACACUGUGCAUUUGAUCUCAGUAUUAACAUAUGUUAUAUUGAUAUUGAGUUGAAGUACAUGUUCCUUGAAAUUCAGCCUUUUUAUUCAUGUUUUUUUUUUUAUUGUGAAGUGCUGAUCUGCAUUACUUUAUGUUUUGAAGUUUAAAGAACAUAGUAAUGAUUUUUAAAACACGGCUGGACACAUAUCAUGAAACUACCUUAUUCUGCAGUAGGUAUACCAUACAUUUCAGCCCAAAUUUUUAGUGUGUUCUUUCUUUUAUGUACAAGGCUGUGUACUGAACUAUUAUAAUAGUGAAGUAAGAACUAUGUAACAGUCAGUCUUCGUUGCUUUCUGUAUUUUUCUCGUUAUGUGAGCCUAUUUUAAGCCGUGUAAUAUCACGGGAAGGACCAAACAUCCUCUUUUCGGCCAUCGGGUUUGCGGUGCUUCAAUUGUUCACGGCUGGACCGUAAUAAUUGACUCCACAUUGUAAGUAAAAUUUCUUUUGUUGGGGGUGAAUGUUGUAAUCAUCCCUUAUGUGUAAAUGAAGACUAUGUACAGAUGUUGCAUUGUAAAUAGUGGUUGAGAUUGGUUGUUUCCCAACACCUCAUGGGUUUGGGAUCAUCUGAAUGCUGUGAUGGGGAGAAAAGAAAGAUUAUAUAUUUUUAGGAGUCCUUGUUUUUCUUUUUGUUUUAGUGGCUUAUUAAGCAAAAUUAUCCUUUUCUAAAAGCUAGAUUUGCAAGUUAAUGUCAGUCAGAACUUCAGGACUAAAGAAAAGUAAAGCCUCACAAAAUCUCUAAAUUGUAUGAUUGCCCCAUGUUAUUAUUAUCUUAUAAUUUUUAUUUUAAAAUUUUCUUUGGCUUAGUAUGCUAACAUUCCAGUACAAAAAUGAUUGACAAUAGAGUAUCUGGCUCAGCAUUAAGGAAUGUUCAUUCUCUUCCCUAAUUUCCUUCAUUUUAUUACACCUCCAAUAUAGACCUCCUCGAAUUAAAAUUGCUAGUCUGUUAUGUUCAAUUUUUAAUAUGGUGUGUUAGUAUUUUGGAUCUGAUGUGUGAAGUGACAGCUCAAAUUAUUCCCUGUAACUUUGUCAUUUAAGUAAUACUAUAUGUGUGUUGUGGAGUCUCAUUUUGUUUCUGUCACUUUUUAAUUGAUUGCAAUGGGUACCGUUUUGAUGUGGACAUUACAGUACCCUAAGGUUUUCACGCUCUUUAGGUGUAGUUUUCUGGACUGGCCUUCUUCUCUCAACUGAAGAUAUGUUGUUAAUACCAUUUAUUUUGGUAGUCUGAGCUUGUUAAAUUGAAAUGACAAAUAAAUUGCUCGUUCAUUUUAGGUAAGAUUGGCAUUUCUUUCUGGUUUUUUGCUUUUUACCAGUACACAAAUCAUUGCUUGUUUCUGGCUUGUCCAUUUCUUUUGAUGUCAAUUUAAAAUUCUAUUUGCCAUGACUUCAGCUUCAUCUUUCUUAAACUUAGUAAUUAUGAUAAAUUAAGUGUGCAUGUGUCAAUUCAUUGUGUGACUGUGUGAUUAAACGAUUUUGCAUGACAAGUCGUCUACUUGUUACUUCUGUGGCCAUUUUCCUGUCUCAUUCAAAUAUUAUUGAGUGCAGGUGUAAAAUGUCUGACCUAGUUUUUGUUAUUGUUUUUGUUAGGUUCAGAGGGAAGAGAAUUUAGGACACAUUUCUCUUAUUUUUUCCCCUUUUUGUUUCUCUGAAAUGAAUGUACUGAAAUAAGCUACUGGUGUUAUGAUGGUGAAAUCAACUUGUACUGUUACGUUAUAUAAACCUAAUGUUAUUGUAGAAUACGUGUACAAAAAUACAAAUGUUCAAAGUCAAUUGUUUUCUAAUGUACGAGAAACAGCAUGCUCUAACAGUAUCUCAUUUUAGUAAAACCUUAGUCAGUGAUACAAACUACUAUAUUUCAUUUUACAAUGUUAAUUACAGCGUGUGUAGAUUUUUCAGAGGGUGCCUUUCUUAUGAAAAGGAGGAAUAAAAGACUCAGAAAGGUAGAUAUCUUUGUAAUCUGCAGCAUUGUAAUAGUUAUGAACGUGGAGAGAGUAAGGAUUUAAAACAGCCAUUGUACUGUUUCACGCUUUCUUUAAUCAGGGCCGCUUUUGGUGUGUGGAUGUCAUCACUUGGUUUUUACAUGAUAUUGUUUCCUCUGCCUUUAUAUUAGAUUUAGUCUGUAGUUGUAAGGUGCGUGUUGUUUUGGUGCUAACGAGAAUCUGUCAAACAGUGGCUCUGCUCGAUGUGGAUUUCUGUUCUGGUUUGUAUUUUAGGACAACAGACUCUUAUGUUUAUGCUGAGUUGUGUGAUGGAUAAUCUUUUUCCAUUUAUAAAUAUUGCUCAAACUUGAAGUUUCUGUUCAUAAAAAGAUGCGUCUCAAAAUCAGUAAAUUGUUCUAGGUAUUGUUUGUUUUGUUUUGCCUGUUGCUUAAGAACUUCGUUUCCAGUUAUUUUUAGCAUGGAGUGUUGGUCGAUUCAAGCUUCGGGAAGAUAACACAAACUCUGAAUGCUUGAGGAAGGAUUAGUCAAGUACGUGUUGUGCAUUGUAGAAUUACGAUUAUGAGUUUUUGUUUCUCGGGCAGAGUUGUAGUGGAUUCUGAUUUUAUAAAACUCCAAUCCAACUUACGCAAUGAUUAAUCUGUGAUUAGGGUCUUUAUCAUGGCUUGCUUUAUGGUAUUGACUUUGAGAGGAAAGUAAUAUCAUGUUUGCACCAGCCACAACUCCAGCCCAAGCACGGUCUAGCCCAUUCAUUCAUUCAUUAGGCGCCUCUGUUAUGUAUUUUGUUGAAAAUAAAAACAGUAUUGCUCUGUGUUCUACGUGCAUUGACUGCGUGAACAAAUGAGUGAGUGACUAGUUAAACUUUUAAAUAAAAUUCCUUAUGAUCUACAAGUAA